GCUGUGAAGUUUACUUUUGUUCAUUUACACUUUGCUGCACUUGUGAAUUUUAAACCCCACGUGCAUACUACGAUAUACGCUAGGCACAUGUUAUAUCACAUUUGCGCACUGAGCGGUCAUUAACGAUGAUAUUUAAAAGUGUUGCUUGUUGUUAUUAGAUGUAAUUAUUUCAAACAUUGGUCCGUUCUCCACUAAAUACUGAGCAACUUAACAAUAAAAACGUAAGAGUAUUGUACGGCAAUCGAGGUCAUUUGUAUACAGGAAGUAUAGAGAGAAACAGUCAUUGGUGACGUAAAUAAUUCAUAGUAAUGUUUUUUAUUUAAUUUAUACUCUUACUUCUUUGUUGAUUCUUAGAUUUUAGUUUACAUUUUUACGUAAACCAAGAUUAUGUUACACGGGUUUUUACUUGUUGUUUUAAUUUUUAAUUACAAUUACUAAAAUUAUAUUUUGUUUAUCUGAAAGUGUUCAAGUUUUUAACGUAAAAGUUCACGCAAGAUGUUGUGUGUUAAUGUAUUGUUUUUUAUCUUCUUAAUCCGUUUUUCUAAAGGAGAACUCGAGGACAUUUGUCAUGAAAACAAUGAAAUAGAAAGCAGUGAUUUAUCAAUUCUCAUAUCACCUUUGAUGUCAUCGGAGAUGAUACGAGAAAUUAGUAUCUAUUGGAAAAAUUCGCAUCUUAAAAAUGGUGAUGUAUUUAAACUAUAUAAAGGCGAUCCGAAUACGACAGAAGCUCAGGUGAUCUACACAUUUAAACCAGAUGCAAUUCACGGCUACAAAAAAACUGGAAUGAGCAGUGAUUUUAUUUUUACCUCACAAUUAUCAUUUAGAGACGAGUGCCUGAAGUAUUACGUAUCGUGGGUACGGAAUGACAUAAUAAAAAAGACGAGUUGUUUAUCAACACAUCCAAAUUGGAUGGCUAAAAGGAGAAAAACUUUAGGGCAUUUAAAAAUGCGUGAAGUUUUUAUUCCCGGGACUCAUGAUUCCGCAGCUUAUAAUAAAUUUCAGAAUUUUAGAACAGAGUUGAUCAUUGAUAAGUAUACAAUAACUCAAGAUGAAGAUGUAUUGGCUCAAUUAAUUUAUGGAGCACGUUAUUUAGAUAUCCGUGUUGGCCGUUAUCCAAAUUCAGAUGAAAUUUUUUGGGGUAAUCAUGGACCAAUUCGCAUCGUACCUCUUCGAGAUGUUAUAAGAGAUGUUAAAUUAUUUUUGGACAAUACUAAUGAAAUUGUUAUUUUUGACAUUCAAGAAUUUCCAGUCGGAUUCAAAUCAUUGGCAGCUCACUAUCAACUAACAGAUUAUCUACUAGAGCAAUUUGACGGUUACUAUCUGGACAGACCAGUCAAUGUUUGGGGAACAAGCCUCGAGGAUAUUUGGUCAACAGGUAAAAGACUUAUCAUCAGUUAUGAUUACUCAAAUAUCGUCGCUUCAAGAUCAAGCGUUUGGCCGCAAGUCGAACAACAGUGGGGUAAUGUCAGAACUGUAAAUGCUCUUUAUAGGCACUUGAAUAAAAUAGAAACUCAAGCCGCUGAUGAAUCGUACCAUUUUAAUCGGUUAUCGCAACCACGAGCAGCAAUGGCUCAACUGACACCGACAACUCUGGAUGUAAUAUUUAAUCGAUUAGGCGGUCUUAGAAAAAUGGCUGAGAAUGUUGAUAUUAACAUCACCGAGUGGUACAGCGAUGAAUGGCAGCAUACUGCAAAUAUUGUUGCGGUUGACUUUAUAAAAGCUACUGGAAUUGUUGAAACUGCUAUUAAGUGGAACGAUAAGCGUGCCAGUGGUUGUUAAUUCAACAACUUGUAUAGACAAUAGUGAUUAAAUAUUAUUAAUUAUUAUACUAUAAAAUAUUGCUAAUAAUUUGUAA